CCCUCCAGAAACGCUGAUGGACUCCACUACCGCAACGGCUGAGCUGGGCUGGAUGGUGCAUCCCCCAUCAGGGUGGGAAGAGGUGAGCGGCUAUGACGAGAACAUGAACACAAUCCGCACAUACCAGGUGUGCAACGUGUUUGAGUCAAGCCAGAACAACUGGUUACGGACCAAGUUCAUCCGGCGCCGUGGUGCCCACCGCAUCCAUGUGGAGAUGAAGUUCUCGGUGCGUGACUGUAGCAGCAUCCCCAGUGUGCCUGGCUCCUGCAAGGAGACCUUCAACCUCUAUUACUAUGAGGCUGACUUUGACUCGGCCACCAAGACCUUCCCCAGCUGGAUGGAGAAUCCGUGGGUGAAGGUGGACACCAUCGCAGCUGAUGAGAGCUUCUCUCAGGUAGACCUGGGCGGCCGGGUCAUGAAGAUCAACACUGAGGUGCGGAGCUUUGGACCUGUGUCCCGCAGUGGCUUCUACCUGGCCUUCCAAGACUAUGGUGGCUGCAUGUCCCUCAUUGCUGUGCGUGUCUUCUAUCGAAAGUGUCCCCGCGUCAUCCAGAAUGGUGCCAUCUUCCAGGAGACGCUGUCUGGGGCUGAGAGCACGUCCCUGGUAGCUGCCCGGGGCAGCUGCAUUGCCAAUGCCGAAGAGGUGGAUGUGCCCAUCAAGUUGUACUGUAAUGGGGAUGGCGAGUGGCUGGUGCCCAUCGGGCGCUGCAUGUGCAAAGCAGGCUUCGAGGCUGUGGAGAAUGGCACUGUCUGCAGAGGCUGCCCUUCUGGAACCUUCAAGCCCAACCAGGGCGAUGAGGCCUGCACACACUGCCCCAUCAACAGCCGCACCACUUCCGAGGGGGCCACCAACUGCGUCUGCCGCAACGGCUACUACAGAGCGGACCUGGACCCCCUGGACAUGCCCUGUACCACCAUCCCCUCCGCCCCUCAGGCUGUGAUCUCCAGCGUCAAUGAGACCUCCCUCGUGCUGGAGUGGACCCCUCCCCGCGACUCCGGAGGCCGUGAGGACCUGGUCUACAACAUCAUCUGCAAGAGCUGCGGCUCAGGCCGGGGCGCCUGCACCCGCUGUGGCGACAAUGUACAGUACGCACCCCGCCAGCUGGGGCUGACCGAGCCACGCAUCUACAUCAGCGACCUGCUAGCCCACACCCAGUACACCUUCGAGAUCCAGGCGGUGAACGGAGUCACUGACCAGAGCCCUUUCUCGCCGCAGUUCGCCUCUGUGAACAUCACCACCAACCAAGCAGCGCCAUCAGCCGUAUCCAUCAUGCAUCAGGUGAGCCGCACUGUGGACAGCAUCACCCUGUCGUGGUCCCAGCCAGACCAGCCCAACGGCGUGAUCCUGGACUAUGAGCUGCAGUACUAUGAGAAGGAGCUCAGUGAGUACAACGCCACAGCCAUAAAAAGCCCCACCAACACGGUCACUGUGCAGGGCCUCAAAGCCGGCGCCAUCUAUGUCUUCCAGGUGCGGGCACGCACCGUGGCAGGCUAUGGGCGCUACAGCGGCAAGAUGUACUUCCAGACCAUGACGGAAGCCGAGUACCAGACCAGCAUCCAGGAGAAGCUGCCUCUCAUCAUCGGCUCCUCGGCCGCCGGCCUGGUCUUCCUCAUUGCCGUGGUUGUCAUAGCCAUCGUGUGUAACAGAAGACGGGGGUUUGAGCGUGCCGAUUCAGAGUACACGGACAAGCUGCAGCACUACACCAGCGGCCACAUGACCCCAGGCAUGAAGAUCUACAUCGACCCUUUCACCUAUGAAGACCCCAAUGAGGCAGUGCGGGAGUUUGCCAAGGAAAUUGACAUAUCCUGUGUCAAAAUCGAGCAGGUGAUCGGAGCAGGGGAGUUUGGAGAGGUCUGCAGUGGCCACCUGAAGCUGCCAGGCAAGAGAGAGAUCUUUGUGGCCAUCAAGACACUCAAGUCAGGCUACACAGAGAAGCAGCGGCGGGACUUCCUGAGCGAGGCAUCCAUCAUGGGCCAGUUCGACCACCCCAAUGUCAUCCACCUGGAGGGCGUCGUCACCAAGAGCACGCCUGUGAUGAUCAUCACCGAGUUCAUGGAGAAUGGCUCCCUCGACUCCUUCCUCCGGCAAAACGAUGGGCAAUUCACAGUCAUCCAGCUGGUGGGCAUGCUACGGGGCAUCGCAGCGGGCAUGAAGUACCUGGCAGACAUGAACUACGUGCACCGUGACCUGGCUGCCCGCAACAUCCUUGUCAACAGCAACCUGGUCUGCAAGGUGUCUGACUUUGGGCUCUCGCGAUUUCUAGAGGAUGACACCUCAGACCCCACCUACACCAGUGCCCUGGGCGGGAAGAUCCCUAUCCGCUGGACAGCUCCAGAAGCCAUCCAGUACCGGAAGUUCACCUCAGCCAGCGAUGUGUGGAGCUAUGGUAUCGUCAUGUGGGAGGUGAUGUCCUACGGGGAGCGGCCCUACUGGGACAUGACCAACCAGGACGUCAUCAAUGCCAUUGAGCAGGACUACAGGCUACCACCACCCAUGGACUGUCCCAGUGCCCUCCACCAGCUCAUGCUUGACUGCUGGCAGAAAGACCGGAACCACCGGCCCAAGUUCGGCCAGAUUGUCAACACAUUGGACAAGAUGAUCCGAAACCCCAACAGCCUCAAAGCUAUGGCACCCCUUUCCUCUGGCAUCAACCUGCCGCUGCUGGACCGCACGAUCCCUGACUACACCAGCUUUAACACGGUGGACGAGUGGCUGGAGGCCAUCAAGAUGGGGCAGUACAAGGAGAGCUUCGCCAGUGCCGGCUUCACCUCCUUCGACGUCGUGUCUCAGAUGAUGAUGGAGGACAUUCUACGGGUUGGGGUCACCCUGGCGGGCCACCAGAAAAAAAUCCUGAACAGUAUCCAGGUGAUGAGGGCCCAGAUGAACCAGAUCCAGUCUGUGGAGGUCUGACGCUCGCCUGCCUCGGCUCGCCUCUUCCUCUGGCCGCCCCCUCCGCCCCACACCGGCCCCCUGGUGCUCCGUUCUCCGCAGGGUCGGCAGCCCGCCUCCGGGAGAGCACGGGCAGCAGGAAGAACCAAGCAGUGCUCCAGCCAGGAGAUGUCACCGAGAACACGUGCAGCUCAAAUGACAGAAUCAAAAGGGAAUGGGGGAUAAAGAAACAAGAUUCGGGAGGGGGCGGGAAAUACAAGGAAUAUUUUUAAAAGAGAAUUCUCAUAAGGAAAGCGAUGAUGGUUCUUGGGAGAAAAAUAAGGCUUGGGAGAUCCAUGCGACUUGUCCAAUCGGAGACCAAAAGCAGUUUCUCUUCAACUCCUUCUGGGAAGAUGACCUGGCCAGAGCCGAGAAACACUUUCAGGAAAACAAAUGUGAAGGGGAGAGAUGGACAGGCUGCCCUUCUCUCCUGUCCUUGGGCCGCUCUUGGGGGCCUCACUCAACAGCCGAGCACCAGACAGAGAGGGCAGGCUGGCAGGUGGCCGGCCCAAGACCACUCUGGAAGAAUUUAGCCAGCUGCCGCCAGGCACAGAGAAGAAGUUUUCUGUCUUUGGAGAGUAUUUUAAAUCUCCAAUGAGAGACUGUUUCUGCUGUUGCUUCACGGGGCUACAAAGGGGCUCUUGUCCUCCUGGGCCACGGAGAGCAGGGGCCACCAGGCAAGUGGCCUUCCUGAAGACAGCCACCCCAGGCCUGCAGCUCUGCAUGCCAGCAGCUGACCUACCUGGGUGCCCACUCCUACGGGUCCCCACUGGAGGACGGAUGCUGCAGAGACUGUCAUCAGCGACGACUGCCACUGAGAAGGGUUGACCUUGCAACUGGGUUUGUUUACAGCGAUUCGUGGACUCUGGGGUAUUUUGGUCAGGGGUGGUUUUGGUUUGGGGGGUUUGUUGGUUGGGAGUUUUUUUUUGUUGUUGUUUUUUGUUUUUUGUUUUUUAAUGACAAUGAAGUGACACUUUGACAUUUCCUACCUUUUGAGGACUUGAUCCUUCUCCAGGAAGAAGGUGCUUUCUGCUUACUGACUUAGGCAAUACAGCAAGGGCGAGAUUUUAUAUGCACAUUUCUGGAUUUUUUUAUAUGGUUUUCAUUGACACCCUUCCCUCCUCCUCCUCCUCCUCCCACCUGCUACCAGGCCUCACCAAAGCCAACUGCCACGGGGCCAUCUGGGGCAUUCAGAGACUCAUGUGAGCCCUGGGGGCAUGGGGGGAGGUGCCAGGGUAGAGGAAUGCCCCACCCAGGACUGCUGUUAUAGGUGGCAGGUUGAGGCAGAAGUGGGCUUUGAGGCAGGAAGGCCUUGCCUGCUUUCCUGCUCCCCCUCAGCCCACUCUAUCCAGUACUUCCCAGGGACACAAGCCCCUUCAAGGUUCCUGAGUGCCCCCAGAUGACCAAGCCCAGCUUUGCCUCUGGGAGCCUGAACAGGCUGCCUGGGAGGCCAGGACCCAGAUCAUUCACUGUGAUACCCCAGCCCCACAGAAGUGCCCUCCAGGACAAGGGCAGCUUGCGCCUCCAGCUGGGGGAGGAAGUGUGUGACUCCCUCCCAUUUCCCCCAUCCCUCUCUACCAGGCCUUUGCCCAGGCCCGAAGGCCUUGGCCACAGGGAGACUAUCAGCCAGGACCUGGC